AUGGCAUAUCAACCAACUACUCAAAUGACUCAAGUGACUCAAAUGAACACUCCGGCUGGUACGAUUGCUAUUGGUGCACCAAGACCAUGGAAACAUGCAAUUGUUACAUGGUAUUUCCCUUGCAUCACUUAUGGUCAAAAUAAAACUCAACUAGAACCUAGUGCCAGCUGUUUCUGGAAUGGUUUAAUUUAUUGUGUCUUGGACGGAAUGUUGUUAUGUUGGAUCCCCGCUGCUGAGAAUCGUGGAGCUAUUCGCGCAAGAUAUAAUAUAGAGGGGUCUGGAUGCGGAGAUUGUAUGGCUCACUUCUGCUGCGCAUGUUGUGCACUUGUCCAAGAAGCUCGUGAACUCAAGGGUUAA